AUGCGGGACUUGGUCCCAUUUCUCUCACUGGCAUUUGUCGCUCGCAUUGGGGAAGCACAUGUGGCGUUGACGUUCCCUGAAGCACGUUACCCGCCGCUUGACUUUCUCGAUACGUCACGGACCAGCGGCCCAUGUGGUGUCCCAUUGCCACGGCGACCGCAUUAUACAAAUUUACUUGUUGGAACCACUUACAACUUCACAUGGAGAAUGGAAUAUCCGCAUCAGGGUGGAUAUCGGAUAGUUCUCACAGACAAAGAGGGUCAGACGAUCGAAGAGUUGGCACCUAUUAAUGGAAUCGAAUUCGCCGGAACCGAUGAUCAAACAAGUCAAUUUCAAAAUGUUCGAUUCACGCGGUCAUGUUCUCAGUGUACAGUGAUUUUUGAGCGACAAGCUCUGGAAUGGGGAAAGAGCUAUCGAUUCCGGAGCUGUGCCGAUGUGAAUGUUCUCGAGACUAUGCCAGAAGACGAGAAAUGUAGCGGUCAUGGCACGUUGGUGGAUAAUCGAUGUGUUUGUGAACACGGACAUAAGGGCGACAUUUGCCAGUACAAAACCAACUGCCAUCACGAUGAUGAUUGUCUCAACGGUGGGAAAUGUUUAGCGGAGGCGAAUUCCAUUACAGAAGCAAGCUGUUACUGUACUUAUGGUUUCUUUGGGAAAAAUUGCGAACAGACCUACGAACGUGCUGAGGACAACUGCUUCUCUUAUGCUAUUAUUAAUGAGAAGAAGUACGAGAUGUACGGUAUGUUCGAUCCGUCCUGCUAUAACAAGGAGAAACUCAACGAAAAUGAUGUGAUAUACUUCCGAAAAGUAAAGAAUGACGUCGAAAUGAUCCUAGACUUCAGUACAGCAUCUUGGGUGGCUGUCGGUUGGCGACCGGAAGGUUUAGACAAAUCCUGUCGCCUUUUCCCGGAUCUUGAAGGGGUUCGCUCAAAACGCUCAGCGACCGUCGAUAUGCCACCACUCGUCGCCCCAUCACCACCAUCUCAACCGAUCCUAAGAGAUCCAUUGCCGAUAGCUCCGUCCGAUUCCACCCAAGACCCAUCAUUCGAUCGUGCUCAUCCACCAUCAAAAAUUGCUCAAGAAGGACCACGACCAUUAAUGCCACGGAAUAAUGGGCUCUUGGAUGCGGCACUACGAGCUCCACUACAUGCAAUGGACUGUAUCGAUGUAUUGAUUGGCGCAAUACGAGACGGACGUACUCGAGUUCAGGAUUCGUAUUCAAGAGAUCGAUCUACACCACUGGAAGAUUUUUGGUACGAUGGUGAAAUGUCAUUGGUAGCUUCGGCCGGUCGAGAAAUAGAUGGCAGGACAAUUGUAAUGUUCCGAAGACCUAUACAGGAGAUCGAGCCAACCGACCAUCCGCUGGGUCCCGGACGUAUGUUCGUUGUGUGGGCAAAAGGUCAAAAACAAGGUGCAUACACACAUGGAGCCCCGUCAGCCUUGGAUGGUACUCAUUCAAGUGUUCAAUUCUAUCCGGAUGAUAUCCUCAAAUAUCAUGGAGCAAAAAAUCGCGGAAUACAUCCUAUUGAUUUCACGACACCAGUCAAAUUGCCCAGACCUGGUGAUGCCGCAUUCGGCGUCAAUAUUGCUGCCACUCCUACUGCUCAUCAUUCCGAUCAUCAUGAUACUGACAAGCAUACUGCUUCCACGACUUCUUCACCUUCACCAACAACAACAACAACUACUACUAAAUCAAAUAGAAUUGCUCCAUACGAAGAAAACUCAUCCAACACUCGGGAUAUCACGAUACUCUUUGUUCUCGUUACUGCCUUCAUUGCAUUCUAUUAUUAA